AUGGAGCCGCCGGUUCCCCCGGAGGCCAAGGAGGUUACGGCCCGCCCGGCCCUCCUGGAGACGACGGAAAGUACUGCCACUGUCCGAAAACAAAAAAUCGCGGAAAUCCCGAAACCGCCGGCCGACUGGCGGCAGCGGUUGAAGGCGUUCUACAAGCGGCACAACAUCAAAUACCUCAACCCGCUCGUUUUCAUUAUGAUCUACAUGUUUGUUGGCGCGAUUUUCUUCCUUUGGCUGGAGGGCCCUUCCGAUUCUCGGCGGAUAGCCAACGAAUACGCACACUAUCGACGCGAAAAAGAGCUUCUCAUGCGCCGAUUCGAGGAGAUUGUCGCCGAUCGAGCCAUUCGCAAUCGACCGGCCCGCCGAAUGUCGCUGACGCAAGCCAUCGAUCAUUUUCAUAAAGAGAUCAACUUUUCCGUGAAAAACGAGACUUCCUGGGAUCUGGCGACGGCCAUGUACUACGCCGGAACGUUGUUUACAACGAUUGGCUACGGUGACGUGAACUGCGUGACGACCGCGGGCCGGAUCCUGACCGUCAUCUACUCAUGCAUCGGCAUCCCCCUUAUGCUAAUCACGCUCACCGAUCUCGGCAAGUUCCUCUACCAGGGCAUCAACGGGUGCGUCAAGAGCGUUGACGACGCGUGGGCCUACCUUGGAAUAUUCCGGAUAUUCACCGGAAAGAAGAAGAAUCGCGUGGAUAUUCGGGUAGAUGAGGUCGAGGCGGCCGAACGGGGAGAAGUCCAAUCGAUCACGUCAAAUCAUUCCGAGAUGGGGAGCACCAACUCGGAUCGCGAAGACGACCUCGAUGAACUGCUUGAAGAGGAGGAGAAAAUGCCGAGAAUGAGCGUGAAGGUGGCCCUCGGGAUCACGAUCGGGUGGAUCUUCUUCUGCUCGGCCCUGUUCCCGAUGUGGGAAGAUUGGACGUACGGCGAGUCGUGCUACUUCAUGUUCAUCUCCUUCUCCACUAUUGGGCUUGGCGACAUCGCCGUCGCGCAUAGGGGGGCGCCAGCAUGGGGA